CAGCGAAACAGUCAGCAAAGCGUCCUCUCGUUCCGCUCGGUCUUUUCUCUCGGACCAGCUCACUCACUGUCACUCUGUCUCACACACUCACAAGCGCGCACGCUCUCUGUUCAUUCGAAAACCGCAGGGAUCUAAUACUUCAGCACUCUCUUUUGCGUGCUCACUCAACCUUUUUUUUUUUUUUUCCUCACUAGCAGCACGCGCAUCUGUCUCCGCUUCUGUACUGUACAGGAUGAACAAGAACGGAAGACUCCUGAGAGAGAGAGAGAGUAAAUGAGAAAACAAGGAACUAAAACAACGAAGGCAAGGUGAAACGAAGAGGGGAAAGAGGUCGAGGGCAGAUGAGUUUGUGAAGCAUUUGGAUUUUACUGAUUUCAAGCCUCCAUCCAUCUAAUUUUUGCCUUUGGAAAAGGACUAAAUUAAGUUGCAGGUGAUGUAUCUACUACCCGGUUGACUUGAGUCAUAUCUCCAGUGAGGGGAGUGGUAGAGCACCAGACCCUUGACCUCCUCCUUAAUCCCCACUGGCUUCACGCUCCAGCUCGUGAGCCUCAGAGCCCUGGAUCUCUUGUCUCUCACUUCCCCUUUUUCCUCUGGACCUUGACGUGGGAACAGCGCCGUAACAGACCGCCCAAUGCUGAGGAGGAACUGCCUGCUGCUGUUCCUGUGCUUCCUCUUUGAGCAGAGCUCCUGCGCUCCCUUCCAAAGCAGGCCAGGGCAAGAGUGGCCCCACAGCCAGACGGGGCCAUUGGCGGCAGGAAGAAAUGGAGGUUCCAGAGGAUUCCAGAGGGUCAAGAGGGGUUGGGUGUGGAACCAGUUCUUUGUGCUUGAGGAGUACAUGGGCUCGGACCCACAGUAUGUUGGAAAAUUGCACACUGACUUGGAUAACGGGGAGAGUGCAGUGAAAUACACUCUCUCAGGCGAUGGUGCUGGAACCAUCUUCACCAUCGACCAGAUCACCGGGGACAUACACGCUUUGCGCAGUCUGGAUCGUGAGGAGAAGCCUUACUACACGCUACGAGCUCAAGCGGUGGACAUCGAGACCAACCGACCGCUGGAACCAGAAUCAGAGUUUGUCAUCAAGGUGCAGGACAUCAACGACAAUGAGCCAAAGUUCCUCGAAGGGCCCUACAUGGCUAGCGUACCCGAGAUGUCACCUGUGGGUACAUAUGUGAUGAAGGUGACGGCGGCAGAUGCAGACGACCCUACAUACGGCAACAGUGCAAGGGUCGUGUACAGCAUACUUCACGGCCAGCCGUACUUCUCAGUGGAUGCCAAAACAGGAGUCAUCAGGACAGCUCUACCCAACAUGGACCGGGAGGUGAAGGAGCUGUAUCAGGUCCUCAUCCAGGCCAAAGACAUGGGCGGACAGUUAGGGGGUCUGGCAGGGACCACCACCAUCAACAUCACCCUGAGUGACGUCAACGACAACCCACCCAGGUUCUCCAAAAGCAUCUUCCACCUGCGUGUACCAGAGUCAUCAGCAGUUGGGUCAGCGGUUGGCCGAAUCAAAGCUCAUGAUCUGGACAUUGGAAAGAAUGCAGAGGUGGAAUACAACAUCGUCCCUGGCGAUGGAGGAGCCAUGUUUGAUAUCACCACCAACGAGCACAAUCAGGAGGGAAUCAUCAUGCUCAAAAAGCCGUUGGACUAUGAGACCAAAAAAGCAUAUACAUUUAAAGUGGAGGCCUCCAAUGCACACCUGGAUCCACGGUUCCACAAUUUCGGCCCGUUCAAAGACACAGCAACAGUGAAAAUAAACAUUCUGGACGUGGAUGAGCCUCCCGUCUUCAGCAAACCCUCCUACGCGAUGGAUGUUUAUGAGGACACGCCACAAGGCACCAUCAUAGGAGCCGUGACAGCACAGGAUCUCGAUGCAGGAAACAGUCCAGUCAGGUAUUCCAUCGACUGGAAGAGUGACCUGGACAGCUUCUUCGACAUCGAUCCUGUCAGAGGAACCAUCUCCACCAAUGAGCUUCUGGACAGGGAGAGUAUAGCCCAGCACAACAUUUCAGUUGUGGCCACUAAAGUUAAUAACCCAGUGCUGACCAGUAGAGUGGCCGUCACAGUUCAUGUGCUGGACAUUAAUGAGUUUCCACCAGAGCUGGCCAUGCCUUACGAAAGACUAGUUAGGUACGCAGGAGCUAAGCCAUUAGUGAUUCAGGUCAUCAGUGCAAGAGACCAGGAUCUCCCUCAAGCCGGACAAAGAUUUUCCUUCAAAUCCCCUCAAGAGGGAGUGAAGACCAAAAACUUCACCAUCAGAGACUUUGGAAAUAACACUGCCGGAGUCGUGACCUUGCGUGGCGGCUUCAAACGGCGCUCUCAGGAGAUCUACCACCUUCCUGUGGUGAUUGAAGACGGUGGCCUCCAGAUUUUGAGCAGCACCGGCACCCUCACCAUCCGCGUGUGCGGCUGUGACACCGAUGGAUCUUUAUUAACGUGCAGCGCUGAAGUGAUUGUGGUCCUCUACGUUGGGGUUCGGCGGCAGAAGAAGAAAGAGACUCUCAUGACGUCCAAAGAGGACGUCCGUGACAACGUCAUCCAUUACGACGAUGAAGGUGGGGGCGAGGAGGAUACGCACGCCUUCGACAUGGGCACCCUCCGCAACCCCAAAGUCAUCAAGGAAAAUAUGUUUCGCCGAGAUGUUAAGCCAGAGUUGGGUUUGUGUCCACGGCGGCCAGUAGCCUCGCAAAACAGCACAGACAUCAGCAACUUCAUCAGUCUGCGAUUGCAAGAACACGAUGGUGACACUUCGGCCCCGCCGUACGACUCGCUGGCCACGUAUGCCUACGAGGGCGAGGGCUCGGUGGCUGAGAGUUUAAGCUCUAUAGAGUCUGUAAAGGGUGAAACAGAGGAGGACUACAAUUACCUCAACGAGUGGGGGCCUCGCUUCAAAACCCUCGCAGGGAUAUUCGGAGAACGAUCAGAGAGCCAAUCAGACGUAACAUUGAGCACCACCACUGAAAACAAACACUGA